CUUAAUAUGGCGAAUGUUAGGGACAGUGAUACAUCGUUGUGGCUUCACAAUAAGCUUGGUACGUCAAAUGAUUCGUGGACGGGUGGAUCAAUUACCUCGCAGCUCAACCCCGAAGUUCUAAAAAACAUUAAGGACUGUUUUCCUGACUUGCAAACACAAGUCAAGCUUAAAUUACUUCUGUCAUUCUUUCACAUACCUCGAAGGAACGUAGACGAGUGGUCUAGUGAACUGGAAGCAAUAUUAGAAGUUGCCCAAGGAGACAGUGAGCAGUGGGUAUCAAUGUUGGCAGAAAUAAUGAAAACGUUUCCUGCUACUGGUUCACUGAACACUGAGAUUGGAGAAAAUGAAGAAAACAAAAGAAUUUUUACGGAUUUAGUCAACGAUCUCAGAAAACUAGUCAAGAAGCACCAUGAACUAGGAAUGUUGCCACUUGAAUGCCAUUUCCUCAACAAGUCGGCCCUAGUUAGUGUGGUGGGACAACAGACCCAGCCUCUUAAGCAUUUUACUUUGAAAAGGAAACCAAAAUCAGCUGCACUGCGUGCUGAGCUCUUACAAAAGUCUGCUGAUGCAGCGAGUAAUCUUAAAAAAAACACUGUGCCCACUGUGCCUGUUCGGUCGCGAGUUAUGCCUCGAAAACUGAAUGACACAACACCAUUAAAAGGCAUACCAAGUCGAAUUCCAUCUGGCGGUUUCCGUUCGCCAUCACUCAGUAGUCCUAUUAUGUCUCGCCCUCAGCAUCCUCGCACACCAGCUGGACGCAAAGAUGGUGGAAUAAAACUUCUAGACAUAAACGAACAGCCUCUCGGAUACGCUCAGGCAAAGAAACGAAAGCGAAUGCAAGAUAUGGAAGAUGCAAAGAAGGCUUCAGAAGCGGCAGCUGCCCUCCAGCAACAGUCACAGCAACAGCAACAGCAGCAGCAACAGAGCCCAACAAGUGGAACAACACCAAGCACACCUGACUACGCUGUUGGAUUGACUGCAAUGAAUCCUCCCACACCUACUCCUGCCCCUGCUACUCCAUCAUAUAGCCCAGCUACCCCUGCAUCUCAGCACACAGUCACAACUAUUAUAACUAUCCCAAGGGAACCAGGAACACCAGCCAGUUCAGCCAGUUCUUCUGCAAGUGCACUUCCGCAGUCUACUGAAACUUCACCAGCAGGACAGUCUCUGUUGGCAAACUCCCCCAAUACUUCAACACCAAGUUACGUUCCUCAAGCUUCGCCUACAACAUUGCAGAAUCCAAGUACACCACAACCUCAGGCACAAUCCCUCUUGCAGUCUACACUCAGUGCUACAAAUGUACAGCCAGCAGCAGUGGCAGCCACUGCAGUAACUGGAGUUGCUGUUCAACCUGUUGCUAUUGCAGCUACUGCUGUGCCUGCAGCAACUAUAACAAAACAAGUUAUCCAAAUACGGCCAGCACCUCCUAUUACUCAGAUCAGAUUCCAGCCAGUGAAUGCAGCUGCUGGUACAAAUAAUCCUGGACAGCAGAGAAAAGGGCUUUCGUUGACGAGGGAGCAGAUGUUAGAGGCCCAAGAAAUGUUCCGUACUGCUAACAAAGUGACACGACCUGAGAAGGCUCUGAUACUUGGUUUCAUGGCAGGUUCAAGAGAUAAUCCGUGUCCCCAUCUUGGCAACAUAGUUACAAUCAAACUUAGUGAAAGCCAAGAAAAGGUCAAACAGCCUGAUGACACGUUCCAGUUAAUGACUAUUGAGACACACUUCCAGAUGAAUUACAAUACAGGGGAAUGGAAGCGCAUUAAGAAGUUACGCAGGCCGGAAGACAGUGCUGUGACGGCAGCUUUGGUAGCGACGGCAACGCCAGUGUCGUCUUCAGUUCCGCAACCAUCUGUACAACCUGCUUCUGCUACUGCAACGUAGACACUGCCUUUGCAUUUCACUGUGCAUUUGUCACCAUGUUAUAGCUGUAGUAUGUUAAUUUUGUAAAUGUAUAUAAGAGAUGCUUCCUAUGGAACUUAUGUAUUAAUGUAUAUUUCAUAAGACAGUAUGAGUAAAUUGAAUUACUCAUAUGCUAUACUUUCACAGUGUAUUGUAUACUCUGGUGACCCACGAGUAAAACAAACUCAGAAAAAUACAAACAGCCUGCAAUUUUCUUUUUUUCAGAAAUUAUGCAGACUGUAUUGGAAGCUAACCAGUGUACUUAUGUAUGUAUAUUUUUGUUGGCACCUAUUGCCUGUGCGCAUGUAUGUGAGUGUGUGAAUGAAUGAAUGAAAGAGAGAGAGAGAGAGAGAGAGAUAUUCAUGUGUUGCUUCAUAGUGAGUUUUGUUUAAUGGAUACAGACACAUUUACUGUAUGACCUUGCUACUUAAUAUGUUAUUUUUACAUUUUCUGUGGGACCAUAAUUAUAAUGUUACAUACACGCCAUUGAAAAAUGCAGAUAUAUUUAUUUUGUAUUCUAGUAUCAUUAAAUGUAAUAUGUUACAAA